CUGUGAAAUUUACCAAGCACAUGUCUCUGCCUCAGCAAGAUCUGACUUUAGAAGAUGCCAAAGAACAACUCUUAGAAGAGUGUGAAGAAAUAUGGAAACAUGUGGAAGAGUGCCACAACAAAGUAACAUUUCAAGAAAUAGAAACUCUACCAGCUACUGAUCCCAAGCUCUCUUUGCUACUGCACCGAGUGAAGAGUUUAACAGCCGAGUUUAACCAGUGGCAGAAAAGAACACCAGAAACAAUUUCCACUAAUCCAGAUGUUCUGGUAGCACUAGGAAAAGACCAGUUGCAGAGAUUAAAACAUGAUCUUGAAAUGAUUUUAUCAACUGUCCAUGCAAAGAACAAAAAGCUGAAGGAAGACUUGCUAAGGGAACAGCAAUGGUUGACAGAACAACAGCAGCUGAUAGAUUGCCUUGAUCAAACAGAGAAAGAUAUGAGCAAUCAAGUUGUACAGUUUUCUGAGAAAAGAACCUUGCAAGAACUGAAGAGUAAAAUGCUGAAAAUAAAAACCUAUAAGGAAGAGCUCUUGAAUGCCCUUGGGGAGUUCCUCGAAAAACAUUUCCCUCUCCCUGGAGAUGAUGGAAUUAAAAAAAGAAAGACAAGUUCAUCUGGAAAACAAGAUGUACAACUGAUAACAUUACAUGAGAUUUUAGAGAGCCUUAUCAAUCAACUGAUAAAUAAACCACAUGAUCCGUAUGUAAGAAUAAGAAAGUCAUUUUGGUUACCUUAUAUUGAACUUCUGCUGCGUUACGGGAUUGCAUUAAGACACUCUGAAGAUCCAAGCAGAAUACGUUUAGAAGAUUUUCACCAAUAAAAGCAGUGCCACCACCUAGUCAGCAGCUGUGAAGCUGACUUGAAUAGAACUGGAUGAAAAUAUUACAAUGCUUUCAUUUUUUCUGAAUGUUCAGCUUCUUUCUGUGGUUCAGCUUGUUAUGCUUAUUGAGCAUGGAGUUUACAGAGCAGCAUUUUAAAGUGACAUUGGAGCAGUUCUUUUACCAAUAUUUUUGUUUCUAUUAGUAGAUAAUAGAAAACUAGACUGUUAAGAGACCAACUCAAAUUAAAGGACUGUUUUAGACUGA